GACUGUCACCGCCGCGGGAGGCCAUCCCAGCCAUCAUGGAGGUGGCUGAGUUGGAGAGUAGGCUGAAUCCCAGCUGUAAGAUCAUGACCUUCAGACCUUCCAUGGAGGAGUUCCGGGAGUUCAACAAAUACCUCGCAUACAUGGAAUCUAAGGGAGCCCACCGAGCUGGUCUUGCAAAGGUGAUUCCUCCUAAGGAGUGGAAGCCAAGGCAGUGCUAUGAUGACAUUGAUAAUUUGCUCAUCCCAGCACCAAUUCAGCAGAUGGUCACAGGGCAGUCGGGACUGUUCACUCAAUAUAAUAUCCAGAAAAAAGCCAUGACAGUGAAGGAGUUCAGGCAGCUGGCCAACAGUGGCAAAUAUUGUACUCCAAGAUACUUGGAUUAUGAAGAUUUGGAGCGCAAGUACUGGAAGAACUUAACUUUUGUGGCACCUAUCUAUGGUGCAGACAUUAACGGGAGCAUAUAUGAUGAGGGUGUGGAUGAAUGGAACAUAGCUCGCCUAAAUACUAUCUUGGAUGUGGUUGAGGAAGAGUGCGGUAUUUCUAUUGAGGGUGUAAAUACCCCAUAUCUCUAUUUUGGCAUGUGGAAAACCACAUUCGCGUGGCACACCGAGGAUAUGGACCUCUACAGCAUUAAUUAUCUCCACUUUGGAGAGCCCAAGUCUUGGUAUGCAAUACCCCCGGAGCAUGGGAAACGACUUGAACGACUAGCUCAAGGUUUUUUCCCAAGCAGUUUUCAAGGGUGUGAUGCAUUUCUUCGCCACAAGAUGACACUGAUAUCUCCCUCAGUGUUGAAGAAGUAUGGUAUUCCCUUUGAUAAGAUCACCCAGGAGGCUGGAGAAUUUAUGAUCACGUUCCCAUAUGGCUACCAUGCUGGUUUUAAUCACGGUUUCAACUGUGCAGAAUCUACAAAUUUUGCUACUGUCAGAUGGAUUGACUAUGGGAAAGUUGCUAAAUUGUGCACCUGCAGGAAUGACAUGGUGAAAAUUUCAAUGGAUAUUUUUGUGAAGAAAUUUCAACCGGACAGAUACCAGCUUUGGAAACAAGGAAAGGAUAUAUACACCAUUGAUCACACAAAGCCUACUCCGGAAACCACCCCUGAAGUAAAAGCAUGGCUGCAAAGGAGGAGGAAAAUAAGAGCAUCCAGGAGCUUCCAGUGCACUAGUUCUCACUCUAAGCGGCCUAAGAAUGAGGAGGAUGAGGAAGUGUCAGCUGCAGUCGAUGGGGCACAGGGCCCUACCCCUGACCCAGACCUAGACGACAUCAAGGUCAGUGAACAGCCAGAAGCAGCAGUGAAGCUGGAGAACAUAGAGGCACCUUCAGAGGGAGUGGCCUCUGCUAGGAGGAUGCAGCUGGACCAGAAUCUAUCAGAUAAUAUCGGGCUCUCAGGAAACAGCUGCUUAAGUACAUCUGUGAAGGAGGAAAUAAAAACUAAGGAUGACCAAGCCUAUGCCAUAAUUCCAUCUUCGAACACCAGAGAAACUGCUGAUUCUAUAUCUGUUGGUCAUUUGACCCCCAAGGAAUCAGACCCACCCAAACAUCCAUGGCCAAAGUUACCAGAGUCGUGCUCCUCAGUGCCUGAGAGUAACAGUUGGUUGACAGAAGGAGAGGGCAGUAAUGUGGAAAGCCGUGUGAGUGGCCUUGAACCUGGGGAAGUCCCAGCGGUCCCCAAUGGAGAGAGGAAUGGUUUCAAAGUCCCCAGUAGAAUAGAGGGAGAAACCAAAACAGCUAAAAGUUGGCGCCAUCCACUGAGCAAGCCUCCAGCAAGAUCCCCAAUGACUCUGGUGAAGCAGCAGGCAACUAGUGACGAAGAAUUACCUGAGGUUCCAUUAAUUGAGGAGGAAGUGGAAGAAACGGAGUCUUGGGCAAAGCCUCUGGUCCACCUUUGGCAGACAAAGGCUCCAAACUUUGUGGCUGAGCAGGAGUAUAAUGCAGCCAUGGGCAGAAUGGAACCACACUGUGCCAUCUGUGCUCUCCUCAUGCCAUACUACAAGCCAGAUAGCAGCAAUGAAGAAAAUGAUUCUAGAUGGGAGACAAAAUUAGAUGACAUGGUUGCUUCCGGAGGAAAGACUAAGCCCCUCAUUCCAGAGAUGUGUUUUAUUUAUAGUGAAGAAAAUAUAGAAUAUUCGCCACCUAAUGCCUUCCUGGAAGAGGAUGGGACAAGCCUUCUGAUUUCUUGUGCAAAGUGCUGUGUACGGGUUCAUGCAAGUUGUUAUGGUAUCCCUUCUCAUGAAAUCUCUGAUGGAUGGUUAUGUGUCCGGUGCAAAAGAAAUGCAUGGACAGCAGAGUGCUGUCUCUGCAAUUUGAGAGGGGGUGCUCUUAAGGAAACCAAGGACAAUAAGUGGGCCCAUGUCAUGUGUGCCGUCGCGGUCCCAGAAGUUCGAUUCACUAAUGUCCCAGAAAGGACACAGAUAGAUGUAGGCAGAAUACCUUUACAGAGGUUAAAAUUGGCUAAAUUUACUUAUCUGUACAUAUACUUUUCCUGUUAUAUUAAAUGCAUCUUCUGCAGAUACCGGGUUAAGAAGGUCUCUGGAGCCUGCAUCCAGUGUUCCUACGGCCGCUGCCCGGCCUCCUUCCAUGUCACAUGUGCUCAUGCCGCAGGGGUGCUGAUGGAGCCUGAUGAUUGGCCAUAUGUGGUGAACAUCACAUGCUUUCGACAUAAGGCCAACCCAAAUAUGAAGUUGAAGGCUGGCGAGAGGGGCAUCUCUGUGGGGCAGACCGUCAUCACGAAGCACCGGAACACCCGGUACUACAGCUGCAGAGUGAUCGCUGUGACAUCGCAGACCUUCUACGAGGUCAUGUUUGAUGAUGGCUCCUUCAGCAGAGACACGUUCCCUGAGGAUAUCGUGAGCCGAGACUGUGUGAAGCUGGGCCCUCCUGCCGAGGGAGAAGUUGUUGAAGUCAAGUGGCCUGAUGGCAAACUCUAUGGGGCGAAAUAUCUCGGAUUGAAUGUGGCCCACAUGUACCAGGUUGAAUUUGAAGAUGGAUCCCAGAUAGCAAUGAAGAGAGAGGACAUCUACACUCUAGACGAAGAGUUACCCAAGAGAGUGAAAGCUCGUUUUUCCACAGCCUCUGAUAUGCGAUUUGAAGACACAUUUUAUGGAGCAGACAUAAUCCAAGGGGAGAAAAAGAGACAAAGAGUGCUGAGCUCCAGGUUUAAGAACGAAUAUGUGGACGACCCCGUGUACCGCACGUUUUUGAGGAGCUCUUUCCAGAAGAAGUGCCAGAAGAGACAGUAGUCUGCGUGUACUGCUGCAGCACCAGAGCAGCGUGGGCAGGAAGAGGAAAGGCAGGGCCAGCCGUGGGCUGUGCCACGCAUUCCACUGCGGUAGGUGAUGGCUGUGUCUCUAAUGGUGGAAAACUAGGCUUCCCAGAGCGUGGUAACCCAAACCGCAGAAUACACAUAUUGUUAAUUGGAUACAACCUGGAGCCACCCCCUAGUCUUGCUUUCACAUGAACGCAAUUGUCUUUUAUGAUCCCAAAGGAUUUUUCUAAGUGGAAGGAAAUAAUAGUGAGUCACCCACCAAAAAAGCCACUGCCAGAGGCCAUGGGUCCCCAGGUGUGGCUUAGGCCUCGAGGCAGGAAACACAGGGAAACUCCCCUCCCCCGGCAGGUGGGAGCCUCCCACCCGGAGGGCAGGGUGGUCAUUUCUAUAUUUUCCACAGUCAGGGAAGGAUUCUCACUUAGUUGUUUUAAAUGGCAGUUUUUAUAAAAUAUUUUUAAACCACAAAUGGCAUGGAUGGUGAUGAAAUUUACCCGUGUGCUACCUGUAUUUCCCUUGUACAGAACUUUUACAUUUUUUUAUAUCCCUAUCACUUUUGAUUGUGUCUACUGAGAACUGAGUUGUUGGCCUUUGUGAAACUUUUGGCUCUUGAGAAAGAAUUUUUAUGAAUUGUAUGGAAAUUUUAUGAAUUGUAUGGAAAUUUUAUAUAUUUAAAGAGGGAGACCUGGGGCUGUUAUUUUUAAACACUUUUUUUCAUAACACAUAUUCUAAGUAGUUAUUUAUAAGAGGUUUCUUUCAUUAUGUGUUUGUAAAAUUAGAGUUUAAAUAAAUAUGCUUCUAUGCAUAGUUUUGAAUUAAUAUGAUUUUCCCUUUUUAAAACAGCCUGAAAAUGUACUAGUGUUUAAAAAUAAAGAUUUCCAUCUUCUCCA